CCUCGCCACCGAAUCUCGCAUCUCUCGUCUCUCUCAUUCACUCUGUCACUCUCUGCUCUUGCAGAUCAGAGAAAGCAAUCUCCUUUGAGCCCUUAAUCCAUCACCUGUUUUCAGAUCUCCGAGAUCGUAUCCUUGUUGCUUAUUGCUUAGACUCUAAGUUUUGCUCAAAGACUUGAAGAAACGACUGAGUAGAUUUUGGAGAUUGUUGCAAAACCAAUGGGAACAAUGCACCGCAGUGGUGCUCCUCGAAGAAAUGAGAAUGCUAAAGUUAUCAUCACAACGAUCUUGGGAAUUGUCUUUGGGGCUUUUAUAGGCAUCACAUUACCUUCGGGUUCUUUUAAGAUUAACUUACCUUCAGGCCUUAUGUCAUCUUUUGAUGUAGCUUUAUCAGAUGGUAAAUUGUUAUCUGGUGAAAAAUCGCCUGAAGAUUUCGGUUCAAGAAAGUUUCCAGAGAUAUAUGUUCCAACCAACCCGCGUGGUGCAGAGCUACUACCUCCUGGAAUCGUUGUGGCCAAAACUGAUUUUUACUUGCGCAGAUUAUGGGGAGAACCUAAUGAAGAUUUGAAGAAGAAGCCAAGAUAUCUUGUGACAUUUACAGUUGGGUUUGAGCAGAGGAACCAUAUUAAUACAGUUGUUAAGAAGUUUUCUGAAGAUUUCCAAAUUUUGCUCUUCCAUUAUGAUGGCCGGACAACUGAGUGGGACCAAUUUGAGUGGUCGAAGAGCGCUAUUCAUAUUAGUAUAAGAAAGCAAACAAAAUGGUGGUACGCGAAGAGAUUCUUGCAUCCAGAUGUUGUGUCAGCUUACGAGUACAUAUUUAUAUGGGAUGAAGAUCUUGGAGUGGAGCACUUCAAUGCGGAUAAGUACAUUCAGUUAGUUAAGAAGCAUGGUUUAGAGAUUUCUCAACCUGGCCUAGAGCCUAACAAUGGACUUACAUGGGAAAUGACAAAGAGGCGAGGUGACCGAGAGGUACACAAAGAUACUAAAGAAAAACCAGGAUGGUGUAGUGACCCACAUUUACCUCCAUGCGCUGCAUUUGUUGAAAUAAUGGCGCCUGUAUUUUCUCGAGAAGCAUGGCGAUGUGUGUGGCAUAUGAUUCAGAAUGAUCUGGUUCAUGGAUGGGGUCUUGACUUUGCUCUUAGAAGAUGCGUUGAGCCUGCUCAUGAGAAGAUUGGUGUUGUGGAUUCGCAAUGGAUAAUACAUAAAGUGAUACCGUCGCUUGGAAGUCAAGGAAAGUCAGAGAAUGGGAAAGCUCCAUGGCAAGGAGUGAGAGAGAGAUGCAAAAAGGAAUGGAAAAUGUUUCAGAACCGAUUAGCAGAAGCUGAUAAAGAGUAUCUUGGGAGGAUGGUUAAAGGAUAAAAUAUAGUUUUGUUCUUUUCCUUUUUUUUCUUUCAUAUUUACUAUCAAAAACCUUCCUUUGUAUAUCAAAGUUUUUACCCUAAUUAGGUAUAUGAUAGGGCAUGUGAAACCCUUUUUCUUGAUAUUGUGUGAGAUUUAUAUUUCCAUUGAGCUUAAUGUUUGAUUU